AUGGAAAACUAUAACUAUAACUACCGCAGUUUGUCCAACAUUUAUCUUGAACAAACCAAUCCCUAUCCAUUGAUGGACUUUGAUUCAAUCCAUAGGCGCGCUACAGACGAGCGUUUAGGCGAUGUAGGCUACGAAUGCCCUCAACCUUCGAUAUACCAACAUCAUGAACAUCACGAUAGCUGCUAUAAUUACCGGGGUUCUCGUUAUAGCCCACGUCAGGAAAAUUAUCAAUCUCCUGUGGUGGAGCUCGAGACAUACCCCUGUGGGGAACAAGAUUAUGGAAUAUCGAGCUUGCGCUUGGUUGAAGAGAAUGGCGUAGAUCACUCAUCGCCUGUGCAGCAAACGUUUUUGCCAGCUCCUUCUAGCCCUGCAAUGCAGCUACCCCAGUCCCCAUGGACGCAAUAUAGCGAAGAUGAAUUCAGCCGAAAUUUUGAGAAUACCCAAUACACGGCCUACACAGAAUUGCAGCCUGGGAGUGGGAUGAACAAUAGCCACUAUUUCCAGUCCCCGAGAACAGUGGAAGAUAAUAUCACAAAUCUUGGAUAUCAACCCCAUUAUUCCUCAGAUCUAGAUGACGUCCCGACCGCGAUCCGCAAUACCUCUGGCAAGACCCACAAUAAUCAAGGGAACAACACUACUGUAAUCACCGAGGAGAAAGAAACGCCAAUUUUGGAGCUGCCGAUCGACCAAAAAAACAAAAGUGUCGACGUCAGAAGUACAGGCUUGUCUUCUGCCCCGGGCCGACGAUACAGGUGCCCAGUCCGGGGAUGUAACUUGCAGUUCAAGAGACGCGCUGAAAUGGACCGUCAUAAGGAGUCUGUUCAUCAGCCAUCUCCUGGACAUCUAUGUCCCAUACCGGGAUGUAAUCGCGGUGUUCCCGAUAACGGAUUUAGCCGCAAAGACAAUCUAAGACAGCAUCUCAAGUUGAAGCAUGAGGUUAAGUUCCCAAAAGGCAGGAGAUCCCGCAGGACGUAA